AUAUGCACGCAUCCAUUUCAGUGAGCUAUUACACGGACGCGUGGCUAUACACUAUGAUGGGAUCAAUCCUGACGUCUCUUCUAGCAGGCGCCAUUCACGACUGGCAAAAGAAGGUAUUUGCAAAAAGUUUGUCUGUUAAGCGCUGUCAGCGUAUGCCAUAUGUGUUACCGUUGUCCCUGACAGCCGUACUGGGCGUGUGUCUGUCUGUCCUGAUGUUUGUCCCUCUGUCCGAGAGUCUGUACGCGACGUUCAUCGAUUUCAUGUUGCUGCGGUCCUUCCUGUUCACCAUGACGGUUUCCUUCCUCAACUCCAUAUUCCCCACAGAAUACUACACCGUGCUUCUAGGCUGUCUUCUUAUAACAGUGGCUCUGUUUUCCUCUCUCCAGUACGCUCUGUUUGAGUGGGUAAAGGCCACAAGUUAUGAUCAGGUCAAUCUGUUUCUGGUGUUUUUGGUGUGUGUCGCCUUUGUCCAUCCAGCCUACCAAUGGUACAAAAGUCGACAAGCAGAGUUCAAAGUCACGAAACAGCAAACUCUAGAUGGCGAAAUUAAAUAAUAAAAUAAUAUUUUAUUUCAACUUAUUUUCGUGCUUAUAUCCAAGUAAGAUUCAAGCACGCUGUCCUGGACACACUCCUCAGCUAUCUUGGCUGUCUUUCCCGGACAGUGGGUUAGUUGUUAGUGGUUAGUGAGAGAGAAGAGGGUGAAGCCUUGCUUUAGUGGGUGGUGGGAUUAAUGUGUGCGCGGUCCCAUGUAUUCACUGCAGUUUACGUGUUCGUCAAUAUAAACAGUUGAAUUAAAUUUUGACAUACCAUGCUUUUGUUUUUUAUUUUGUCUCAACACCGCAUUUGGCAAUAAAUGGUUAUUAGUAAAAAAAAAAAUUAAAUCCUAUAACCCACAGAUGCAGAUAAGCCGCAGGCAAUACAUGUGAAUAUACUGUAUUAUUGCUAGGUCAACAGACUAGGUUUAUAUUAAUAAUUAUAUGUAUACAUCAUAUGUAAGCACAAUAAUAAAGCAUUUUGUAUUG